AGUGACGACACGGCGGAAGAGCAGCUCGUCUCCAGCAGAGCUAACGGCUAACAGCUAACGGCCGGUUCUCCCCACCUGGAUCCCCGCAGUGUUGUCUACCCGAGGCCGGUGCGAGGUGAGCCCUGGGCGGCGGCGGCUCGGAGCCUGUGUCGGUCCUCACAUGGAGGCGGAGCGACAGUAGAGACGAGAGGCAGCAACAGGCGGUCGAGACCAGACAACCAGCGGCGGAGCGACACCGAGGACGAGACGCUGCGGGAGGAACCUUCACUCACUGCGGAUGUUACCUGGAGGUUAACCGGGGCUCCCCGGGACCACAGCCUCAGGCUCCAGCCGCAUGGCGUCAACUCAAGCCCGGAUAGGCCAGCAGGCCUUAGCGGUGCUGGAUGUGGCUCUGCGAGUUCCCUGUAUCUUUAUUAUCGACGCCAUUUUUAACUCUUACUACGACCCGGGUUCAGGAUGGGCCGGCGCGACGGGGAAGGUGCUGGUCCGAGUCACGGGUGUCCUCGUCUCCAGCGUGGUGCUGCUGCUCUCCCAGAAAGCCUUGUUCAAGUUCUACACGCUCUUCUGUGCGGUUCUCCUCGGCAUGACGGCGGUCCUCAUCAACUACUACGCCACCUCCCACAUAGACUUCUACAGCGCCUACUACAAAGCGGCGCUGGGCUUCAGGCUGGUGCCCAGGAACGGCCCCACGCUGUGGCUGGGGAUGGCGGCCGUGCAGCUGGUGCUCGGCGUGGGCUACGUGUUCCUGCUCAACCUCCAGUCGGUGUUUGCCGCGCUGGUGGUGCUGGACAUCAUGAUUCCUCUGUGGGGGCUGAUGAUCGAGCUGCCGGCGGACGUGAGGCAGCUGGUGGCCGUGUUCUCGGGCCUGGCGCUGGCCCUCAACACGGCCGUGUGCCUCACCAUCAGGCUGAAGUGGUUCUACUACUCGUGUCGGUACGUCUACCUGCUGGUGCGGCACAUGUACCGGAUCUACGGGCUUCAGCUGCUGCUCGAGGACACGUGGAAGAGGAUCCGGUUCCCCGACGUGCUGCGGGUGUUCUGGCUGACCCGGGUCACGGCCCAGGCGCUGAUCCUGGUGUACGUGGUGCAGGCGGUGAGGAGGGAGAGCGGUGAUGCCACAGGUGGGGCCACAGACGGGGGCUCGAACUCACAGGGUUACCUGCUGAGCUGGGACGUGUUCUGGGAUCUGACCAGUAACCUGAUCAUCUCCGGCUGCGACUCCAUGCUCACCGUGCUGGGGAUGAGCGCCGUCAUCUCCUCCCUCGCUCACUACCUCGGCCUCAGCAUCCUGGCCUUCAUCGGUUCGACGGAGGAGGAGGACAAGCGUUUGGGCUUCGUGGCCCCGGUUCUGUUCUUCAUCCUGGCUCUGCAGACCGGCCUCAGCAGCCUGGACCCAGAAGAACGUCUGGUCCGUCUGAGCCGGAACAUGUGCCUCCUGCUGACGGCCAUCCUGCACUUCAUCCACGGCAUGACCGACCCCGUCCUGAUGUCCCUCAGCGCCUCCCACGUGUCCUCGGUUCGCCGCCACGUCCCUGUCCUGCUGGUGUCCCUGGCCCUGUUUGUGCUGCCUGUGGCGCUCAGCUACACCCUGUGGCACCACUACGCCCUGAACACCUGGCUGUUCGCCGUCACCGCCUUCUGCGUGGAGCUCUGCCUCAAGGUGGUGGUGUCACUGACGGUCUACGGCCUCUUCAUGAUCGAUGGCUUCUCCAACGUCCUCUGGGAGAAGCUGGAUGACUACGUCUACUACGUGCGCUCCACAGGCAACAUCAUCGAGUUCCUGUUCGGAGUCAUCAUGUUCGGGAACGGGGCCUACACCAUGAUGUUCGAGUCGGGCAGCAAGAUCCGCGCCUGCAUGAUGUGCCUGCACGCCUACUUCAACAUCUACCUGCAGGCCAAGAACGGCUGGAAGACGUUCAUCAACCGCCGCACGGCCGUGAAGAAGAUCAACUCCCUGCCGGAGAUCCGUGGGGACCAGCUGAGGGACAUCGACGACGUGUGCGCCAUCUGUUACCAGGAGUUCUCCACCUCGGCCCGCAUCACGCCCUGCCACCACUACUUCCACGCGCUGUGCCUGAGGAAGUGGCUCUACAUCCAGGACACGUGUCCGAUGUGCCACCAGAGAGUUUACAUCGAAGAAGAGAGCCGGGACAGAGCCGCCUUCUCCAACAACAAUGGGAACUACGCAGCCCAGCAGGACGCUGCUGACGCCGCCCCCCCGGCGCCGGGGGACAACGAGGACGGACAGCCCCCCCCAGAGCUGCCGGCCGAGGGAGAGGCCGGCGGCGCGCAGGCCGCAGGGGGGGGGGAGCUCAACAACGAGCUGCUGGAGGACAACGACAGCAUAGAGUACGACGAAGACGAGUGGGGGACUCAAAACGGCAGCAUGCCGAUAGAAGAAGAUUAUAUCAAUGACGACACUGACUCCACAGAGGACUGAUGAGAACAGAUCUAUAGAAAACAAAUGUCUUUAUUAUAUUUAAGUUAAAAAUAAUUAUAAAACAUCUUCAGCAUCUUAAUUUCUUCUGGAUAAUGUCAGGGAAGUCUUUUUUCUUGUUAGUUUCUUUUCAUUUGAUUUUGGGAUUAACUCUUAAGGGCUCGUGGAAAGAGUAACUGCUGCUCGUGUGUGUGUGUGUGUGUGUGUGUGUGUGUGUGUGAGUGUGAGUGCAGGGGUGAGUGUGUCGGGGCUGCAUGAACUCAGUGUUGUUUAUAUUUCUUACUUUAAUCCAGAAGUAUUGGAGAUCCUGAUAAUAAUCGUGUGGAAACAUCCGUCUGUUCAGAUUUCAUCUCUUGAUGCCUCAAACCCGAUCAUCAGCAAAUCCAGAUAUCAGAUUUCUGCUCCUCUGAGAAUCUGCACGACACAAACACACCAGUGACAUCACCACUUUGUUUAGACGUCUGUCCCUCGUGCAGCCCUGAGGUUUAUUUGUGUGUGAUCGGGGGAAUUUGUGUAAUCACGCGUGUGUGCGCCUGCCGAAGUAUAAUGUGUUGAGACGAUGUCUUAAGAUGCAGUUUGUGUUUCCUUGUUGUGUGUUACCGGGGGCUGCAGUGUUUCUGUUCAUUAACGACAAAUCUGCUGUCAACACAUUCUAAAUUAUUAGAUUUAUAAAUAAAGAUGGACGACGCGUCUCCACUUCCUCCCAGUAUCAAGAGAUUAAGCCAAAGUAGCUCAGAUCCAAAUGCGGCCAUCUUGCACUCAUGGAGUCAUUUGGAGUCUCAGCUGUCAAUCAUGACGUCUCCGCCCAUUUUUAUAUCAUCAAAUAAUGAAUUAAAUCCAAACUGAUCAGAAACACUUGAACAAACAUCAGUGAGAUAAGAACGACCUGAAACCAUCUUUGACAAACAUUUAUUUCACGUUUAUUUUGACUUUUUAUUUUGGUCCAUGUCCCAUCAGCUAACGUGGAGGAGGCGGGGCUUAUUAUGCUUUGGCUUUACUGUAGUGCAGCCGUCAUGUCGUCCAUCUUUAUUGAUAGUCUGGUUUUAGCAAAAUGCCAAGAUACUUCCUGUUUGUCCUGCGGGGGGGGAGUUUGCUCUAAACACUUCUGGCCGUCUAACUUUUAAAAAUCUUACUAAACCUGAAACUCCGACGUGAGAAACACCUGCUCAGCGUUUGUGUCUUUAACGAACUCCAGGAGAAGGUUGUGAACUUGUUCAGAGAGCGAGUGAAGCAGUUUUCUACCAGAGAGAAGGUCAGAGGUGACUUGCUACUGUCAUCACUGAUAUACCUCUACCAUUACUACUGGUCCCUUGUGUGACCUUUCUUACAUCUGUGUACGUUAUUGUACAUGUAAUAAAACGACACACGUGCACUCUCCUCCCAUAGAAUAAGAGAAACAUUUUAAAAAUUAAACUUUGCACAUUUCAUAGUUUUAUUUGGUUGAAUUCUUGUUUCAGACACAGAACUUGCUGCUGCAGAUGUUUGGAGAUGAGUGGAGGAAACAAGAAAAGUCGUAUUCUCAAAAAAGAAAAGUAUUUGGUUAAAUGAUUAAUACUUCCUCAUUAAAUUUGAAUGUCCCAAAAGUACGACAUAUGAGAAGGUGCCUGUGGUUAGAGUGAACAGGAAGUUCAAAUGUAUCUUGUUUUGUCAGUGUUUCUUUCCUCUUGUGUGUUAUAACGGUUUUCUGUGGAUGUAAAAGUUCUAUAAAGUUAAAAAGCCCAAAGUCUGUUGUUAAAGGAGCUAAACACACUGACGCUCCUGAACAACCUGGUCACCUGGUCUGCACCUUUGUGAUGUCACGAGACACAUUUGCACUUCCUGUGGCGAAGCAAAUCAGCAGCUCUGGUGAGAUGAGCAGAGCCCGUCUCCUUUAAAGACGUGAUUCUUUCUAACGUACCUGAAUUAUUUGUGUCUGUCACUUUGUACGAGCAGUUCUAUUCGGUCGAUGCACUUUUCUGUUUGUUUGUAAUCACUGGCACAGCCUGGUUGUGUUCCUCGUCUCAGGGUCCUGCUGCAGGGCUGGAGGAGUUCUCUCAUCACAGAAACAUGUCCUGGGAGAGAGAGAGAGACUGAAGAGCUGCAGGAGAGUUUGACACGUUCAGAUCUUCCUCUGUUGUAGUAAACCUACAACUGCUCGUUUCACACAGUUGAGCCUCAGCAGCAGACGUCCCAUAAACACUGAUCCAAAAAACUACUGUCUGGAACCUUCAUCUUUCUUUCUUUUGAACUGUGCUGCUUCAGCUCCCUCAGCACAGACUCUGAGUAUUAACACUGUUUAGACUCCACAGCCUGAACGUCUUAACGGUUUGACUGCAAACCCGUGUUCAUUACUGUUGUAAUUACAGGCCGCAGACAAUAAGCUGUAAGGAAUGCAUUAUGUUUAAUGAGGAAGAGAUGGGGGGCGCUGAUGAUGAUGAUGAUGAUUAGAAAGCUGUGCUUUUUGACAUGUGUCAGUGAUGAAGAAUUACUCGGGUGAUUGUUCUGAAAGCUUUUUAAAAAGGUAAAAAGUGUUGAUUUUGCCUUUUGUUUUAAAAGGAGAUUUAUGUAAAUAAAAUCAUCUUUGAUAAUGA